AUCACAAGCAUCGCUUACCUAAGGAACACCACGUUGCAGCACGCCCAUCCUGCGACCGCAUCGCGAUACAGGCUGUUGCAUCCGCUUCUCAAUUCUCAAGCUAUCCCGGGCACUUCUGGGAGGAACACUUUGAAUUGAUCGCCCGGCUCCUCGUUGUAUCACCAUUUCUUGUCCACUUUCUACGGACAACUCCCGAUCUUGCCUGACGCAAGGUCGCAUCGCCAUGGCUGAACAGAUUCUGGACCAAGUUCGGGAUCUCGCCGAGGGCCAGAUUGACUUUGAAGGACAAAAGAAGGCCGAGCUCUUGUCUACUUUUCUGCUCUCUGCCUUCGGGGUACUCACGUUUGUCGUCGGCUUCAUCCUCCAAGAUAUCAAGCUGGCUGUUUACAUUGGGCUUGGCGGCACGGCCUUGACGUUCCUUGUUGUCGUGCCACCUUGGCCAUUCUACAACCGGCACCCAGUGAAGUGGCUGGAACCACAAGGUGCUGUCGGCGACACCACAGUCGUGGAGAAGACGGGAUGACGAGCGGGAGUAAAAUGGAUGAGAUGAUGACAAUGGUUCAUAUCAAAGUACGCGAGUUCCGUGGUGUCAGAAGCGCUAUUCGUGCUGGCUGUU